UAAUAAAUAAAUAUAUAUUUUAUUUAAAUUUUAUUAAAUUUAUAAAGCUUAUUUUUACGUCUUUAGUGCAUUAAAUAGAUUUUUUAGGCGAUAAAACUUUCUUAGCGCAUACUUCAGUUAUCGUUCGUUUGAUUGAGAGAAACCGCAAUUUUGUAAUUGAAAGUUCAGGACAAACAACACAUUUAAAAAAAAGAGAGAAAAGAAAUAUACCAGAGAUACGUGGUGGCAAUGUAACACACUUAUCUAUUCUAACACUUAAAAUUUCAAUUUUUUAAUGGUAAAAAAUCAUGGAAAUAUCAGGACUAUCUAAAGAAGUAUCUAUUGAUUUUGUAGCUGGUGCUGUUGGUGGAGUAUGUUGUGCAUAUGUUGGCCAACCUCUUGACACUAUUAAAGUAAAGAUGCAAACGUUUCCUGAUAUUUAUAAAAGUAGCAUUCGUUGUGCCAGCGAGACUUUUUAUAAACAUGGAUUAAGGCAGUUUUAUGCCGGUUCAGUUCCAGCUGCUGCUGCAAAUAUUGCUGAAAACUCUGUUUUAUUUCUAUGUUAUGGACAGUGUUCGAAGAUAGUUGCUUACAUGUCUGGUACAAAUAAAGAUAACAUGUCUUUAAUUCAAAAAGCACUUUCAGGUUCAUUUGCAUCAUUUUUUGCAGCAUUUGCAUUAUGUCCCUUGGAGCUAAUUAAAUGUAGAAUGCAGACAGUUAAUGAACUUGGGAGCAAUAAAAAAAUAACGCCUUUCAAAAUUGUUAGAGAAGUUCUUAUACGCGAUGGUCCACUAGGUUUUUACCAUGGUAUUACAUCUACUAUUCUUCGUGAGGUACCUGGUUAUUUUUUUUUCUUUGGUGGCUAUGAAGGUACCAAAGUAUUAUUGGCAAAUAAUGAGGAAGAAUUUGAAAACCCUGGCGUCUUGAAAACAAUUAUUGCUGGAGGGAAUGGAGGCUUAGCGCUUUGGUCUGCAGUGUACCCUUUUGAUAUUAUAAAAUCAAGAAUGCAGGUAUACUCUGCUGGUGGAAAGAGUGUUGGUAUGAUACACACUGUCAAUAUUAUAUACAAUGAAGGAGGAUUGAGAUCGUUUUACAGAGGCAUAGCCCCGACAUUAGUUCGAGCAUUCCCAGCAUGCGCUGCGCUUUUUGUUGGAUACGAGUACACUAAAAAGCUUUUAAAUCACAUUUUUUAGCAAAGUUCCUCAGUUUUUAAGUUGAAAUUUAGGUUGUUUUUUUAAUUGAUCCAUUAGCAUUUAAAUUAGCGAUUUUCAAUAUUUUUUAACAUGCUCUAAAAGUUUUUCAAACUAUUUUUAUUUGUCUUCAUAAAUAUUUUAUGUCCUUUAUGAAUAUUUUGAUCCUUGCAGCUUUAGUGACCUAUUUUUGAAUUUAUUAAUAUUUAGUAUGCAUUAAUGGAAACUUUUUUAAUAUUGACAAGCUGACAUUAAAAUUCCAUUUUUUCAUGGAACUUUUUUUGUGCGAAAAAUUAUUUAUAAUAUUUAAUUGAAAAAAUUUUGUUUUUGUGCUGAAAAAUUGUUUUUACUUA